GAAUUUUUCUUGCAUUCACGAGUAUUGCAGGAAAGUGUUAAUGAAGAAAGUAGUGCAAAUGCAAAGAAAGUUGAAGAGGAGAAAAUGUUUCAAGAGAUAGUGGAUAAAUUCUUUACUUCAAUACAGAAAGAAAAAGGUCUUGAUCGACAAAACUUUCGAUGUAAUUCAUGCAAAAAAUCAAUUGGGCUUACAUUUUCAAAAUAUAAGUUGUGCGCCUUAGAUGGAAUGUAUUAUUGCGAAAUUUGCUUUGAAAGUGGUGUUCUGAAUAUUAUACCAUCUCGAUUAAUAUACAAUUGGGAUUCUCGGCCUCGAUUGGUUCAUCCAAACAAUAAAAUAUUAUUAGAUAGAAUCAACGAUCGCCCAUUUAUUAGAAUAGAUGUUUUGAAUCCAGCGUUGUAUCAUCACUGUCCAACGAUGAAUACUGCUAAAAUAUUGCGAGAGAAAUUGAGUUUUGCUGCAAUGUAUUUGCUAUCAUGUCGAGAUUCAGUUGCACACGACUUGCAAAUGCGAGUCUGGCCGAAGGAGUAUCUAUAUAACGAUAUUCAUCUGUAUUCAUUUUCGGAUUUGAUAACUGUGCUGUCGGGUCAGUUCCAACGUCACCUAUCUUCUAUAUUAAGUUACGCUGUAAAUCACAUUCACGCUUGCAUUCUUUGCUCUCAGAAAGGAUAUUUAUGUGAAAUUUGUCCGUCAAACGAUGUUAUCUAUCCCUUUGAAAUCGAAACAACUUUUCGAUGUAAUAUUUGUUUCUCGUUGUAUCAUAAAAAAUGUAUUGGUGAAAUGUCUUGUCCUAAAUGCAUUCGAAAGGAGUUUUACGCGAAUUGCCAAACAAACUGA